GCGUUCGCGAACAGCGAGGAAAAUUGGAAAAAACCUUCGAAUAUUACACUGCGUAACGACAGUUAUUACCAGUCUGCGACAAUCUUCCAGUGCGUGAAUCCUUCUUAUUCUAGUGGGAAGCUUUGCCUUGAUCUGCAUACAUCAGUUAACGGGAAAUCCUGUGAGGAGCAAUACAGAAGUCCGAUCGAAACAAAGGAAAUUGGUAAUGGCGUAUUGAAAGAAUUUGGGGUGUUGUAGGGUGGCCACUGUCUACCAAUCUGGUAAAAUUAUGCAGUUUUUCGAUGUGCUGCAAUGAACGCAUUGUGAUACACGAAGUGAAUGCUUGAUCGUUGUGUUAAACACCGCAAGGACAAUCAUGCCCUCCUUCCGACAGAAGGUUACAACUUACUUCCGUCAACUGAGUUUUGUUUCGGAACGAGACCAGCGUGGGCCAACGCAACAAUGCUCCUCUAUGGCGUCCGGAAGUUUCAUGACCAGAUAUUUGGAGGGCGAAUGGGAACCUCCAGAUACUAAGGCGCCUAUUUACAAUGGUAAGUUACCGGAGGACUUGCCGGAUGUACGUAUCGGACGGUACGUUGUUAGCGGAACCGAAACUGAUGCCGCCUAUACAGGACCAUUUGAAGGCCUAACGGGAGUGAGACGUGCCAAGUCGCAUCUGACGGCUGGUAUUGAAGACGAUAUAGACUAUAUUGACGUUCUGCAAGAGCAAGGUUCCACGUCGCAACAGGAAUCAUCUACCAAAACAUCAGUACCUGGAUUGGACACUAAUUCAAACACACAAUCCCUUACGUUGAAUGCUGCCGUGAAUCGUUCCGAAUCUCAUUCCACCAUCAUGAAACAGACGAAUGCGGACAAAAAUCUCGAAAUCAAAAAGGUCAACGACGAUCCUAUUGCUAAUAUCACUGACUGGAACCGCCCAAACGAGGACGCGUACGGUAUAUCUGUUUCGUUGUACGAGAAGCACCUGCAUACGUCGGGAAAUGUUGGUGAUCCGAUUGCUGAUUGCUUUGGCAUAAUAUCCCGCGCCGACUCAUGCAUAAUGGCCAUGGCAGAUGGUGUCAAUUGGGGUGAAGGUGCCCGGAUUGCCGCAAGGUCUGCUAUUCAAGGUGCAAUUGAAUAUUUAAAUUCAGCAGUAUUUGGCAUACAUCAAGUGUCAUCAACCAGAGAAAUAUUCGUUAGCUUGAUUCGUAGCUUUUGGGAAGCGCACAACUACAUACUCCAAGUUGGAGGUGCUUUGAGUACAUUGACGGUCGCCAUUAUAUUACCCGUUGAAUCAUGUGAGCAAAGUGUAGUAUGCUGUUGCAAUGUAGGAGACUCGCUUGGUUAUAUAUUUUCAAAAAACAACACAGUGCGAGAGAUUACGAUGGGAUCACAUGAUGUUAGUCUUAUGCGAGAUAUGCGAGAUGCGUUAGGUGCAUUAGGUCCUGUAUAUGGCGAUAAACCGGAAAUGAGCAAUCUCACACUGUCCAUGUCGUACGUCGACGAAGGAGACAUCGUGUUCCUCACUUCGGAUGGAAUCAGCGAUAAUUUUGAUCCAGUAGUUGGAAAAUUUGCGGAAGCUGUAGGCAGCAAAACUAGCACCGGAAACAACCCACCCGGAAGUGUGACCAGCGUCAACAAACAAUCAUCACAACAACAUCAUGAGCGCAAAAGUAAGCCGGGAUUAGCACCUAAGAGACAGAACAAAAGUGCGCCAAUGCUUACUUUAGCGCAAAGUAACGGUGCAGUGGAUCCGCAACAUGUCAAUGCAAAUAUUGCGAGUGGUUCACGCGCAGAGCGAAAAGUAGCAGUCCCUGUAAGAAAACCAACGCCGACGCAACUUGCCGGUGCUCAGGAAAAAAGUUACGGCUCGAAGUAUGUGACGCGAUCGAAAACAUUUAUUGAACCGGCAGCCGCAGUAAGACGAACGAAUAAUAUCGCUGCAAAGGCCUCCUCUCCGAUGAUGCUGCCGCAGGUAACAGCACAGCAGAGACACGUUCUAACACUUUUACGAAUAGCCGAUUUGUUGGUAUACGGUAUUAAUGGUUCGCUGCGGCCCUGUACGAAUGCAAAGCAAUUGUGUCAGCUUUUGAUUGAUUUUGUAUCGUGUAUUACGGCGGCCAAACGCAAGUUACUGGAGCAACGCGAAAUUUACUACAAAAUAGUAUCCGAUCCAGGCGGAAGUCGUAGGGAAGUUGCGCACAGUGCACACGAACAAAAAGUGAUACGAAAGCGUAUGGUUGAUGGAACUACAUUUUCGUUGCUGCCGGGUAAACUGGAUCACGCCUCGAUCGUCGCGUACACCGUACACAGAUGUAAAUCGAAACCUACGGCUGAACAUAUUAUAUAAUGAUAAUCGUUGAGCUGCCCAUUUUUUGAAGAAAUCAAUGUUUGUGUAUUCGCUUGAAAAUGCCCAAUAUCAACGUUCAGUAACGCAAAUUGCGUUAAGUGCGGAUUAAAAGUAUUAUUUAUGUACCAGCUUUCAGCGAUAGUAUUGUGAACAUAAUGACCUGGUUCAGGCAGUUCUGAUCUAUUAAUCCAGAACUUCUGUUCAUUUGGAGUUAAAAUUUUAUGCUGUACCAAGUUUAUCUCGUACCAGUGAAUUACAAGUUUCGCGUAUUAAUCUUUUUUUGUAAGCCACGGGAAAUGGGUUUACCCAUUGCAUUUCGUCCAAUUGUUGCCCUCGCUAGCAAUUUUGCGCCUAUAGUAUAAGAAUUGAGACAAGAGUAAAAUUGAUAAAACCUCUUUUUAAUCAAAUAUUCGUACAAGGUAGGUGCAGCGACAAGGGCAUGAAUAGUGCGUAUAAAGAGUCGACUGCCAACCGAUGGCUGUC